UUAUGUUUGACGUAAAAUAGAAACCGAAAUUAUUCACGUCUGUUGAAUCCCUCUUUAUCCUAUGCCGUCACGGUAUGCAUUCCGGUGGGAUGCGAUGGUCGGAUGACGUCAUUCUAUUAAACGAAAAUGUUUUUUUUUUAAAUGCAUCCGGAUGUAAUGACGCAAUCGACAAAUUUGGGCUUUCCCACAUUUCGGAAUCAAUAGGAUGACCGUAUAGAUACCGGACAUAAAUACGGGGAUGGCGCUCAUUGUGAAUAACCGUCGGGUCUUUCAACUCGAGACACAAACUCGCUCCUCGUGAGCACGCGACUUUGCAUCCGAAUUUGUAACAGCAAUGAUUCCGACAGCACCAGCGUCCGCUGUGCACGCAGCGUCUUUGCGCAUGCUGCGCGGGCUCCAGGCGCUGACGGUCACGAUGACGGUGAUGUCCACGAUGAGGAUGGGAACGCACGGACGCGCCGUUCCGCCGCCCCCCUUGGGCACAGGCGAGCCGCGGCUGCAGCCGCUGCUGCUCAACGUCGCCGAGAAGCUGCUCACCGACUCUCAGACCGCCUUAAAUGAUUACAUGCAGGAGGUGAUGCCUCCUUGCAGGGCUCAGAGCGGCUGCGAGGAAUUAUUGGGCAAGGAGUUUCCCGCGAUGCUGCCAACGAACGUGAAUAACUGCAGUCAGGCUGCCCUCAAUACCAGCCAUGACCUCUGCAUGAAGAAUAUCUGGAGAAACUUGAAGAUAUUUGAGAUGUACUUACAGCUCAUCACUGAAAACUCAGGAAGACAAUUGAGACUGAAGCACGUCAACACCGACAUGAAGCACCUCAUGAACCUCAUCCAUUCACAGUUUGGCUUGGAGGAACAACAGGACAUCCAUGAUCUCAAAGUCACUGCAGAAAACUUGGAAGAGCUGAUGGGAACGUGGUCAAAAAAGGUGUUUACGGCCCGAGUUCUACACCUCUUUAUCCACCAGAUCGAGGUGGUCGUCCGAACAUUUUUGAUGAUGAACACUGCGAUUUAAGAUGUCAAUGUACAGGGUGACCCAUGUAUCGAUACCCCACUGGUUUCUAAUGUAUAUACAGUAUAAGGUCGCACUAAUGACGCACAGAGUGCUUGCCACAAAUGAACCACAACACCUUGCGAAUCUCAUCAAGGAACCUAAACUAUCACGUGAAAUCUGGUCAUCCUCGCAGGGGCUUAUGGAUAGCCAUUAAACAAAGGUGGCCACUGUGUCGCGCGCGUUCACACGUGCUGGGGUGCUUUCACUUGCGAUAUUAGGAAGCCACUGGAGCUAUGCACGUUUACAUGUUGAUUGAAAAUUCUUAUUUUUAGAACUGCUUUUCGUGUUUAGUUUGUUGUCCUUCCGCCGCACCCCGGAUUAGCAUGGUUGGUUACGUACAGUGUGAAAGAAGUUCAACAUACAUACAUGCAGUCACAUGUAUGUUAAACGAGACCAGAUAAUGACCCUGGUCUCAUGCAGCACACGAUUCAUUGUGAAGAGACAUUUGUUAUUUUGGAGUGAUUGAGGUGAAAGAUUUUCAUUCGCCACUGGAUAAUUAUUAUUAUGUUGUUGUCUUGUGGAAUUACUGAUAUCAAGGAAGGUGUGUGUAUGUGUGACAAUGCUGCAAGGUAUCAAUGACCCAAUACUGCUGCACAAGUUUUGAUGGUCACACUUUAUAGCCCUUUGCACAUGUUUUUGAGAAAGUAAUAUACGAUGCAACCCAGAAAAUCACACUCCGACACUUAGGUUUACAAAAUAGGCGGAUGUAAGGUGGUUUGCACUUGCCGGGCGUUUCGUAAAAUGGGUGAAUUCCAAAGUUUACGUGAACAUAUAUUUAUUUAUACAUAUUUAAAAGCAUCACUGACAACGUUAUUUAUUGAAUAUGCUGUUUAUUGAAUGAGAAUUCGUUUACAUUUUUAUAAUAAUAAUAAAAAAGACAACUCUCACUUUGUGUUAUUGUAUUUUUACUCCUGCAAACCGGUGCGACAUAUUGCACUUCAUCGUGAACAUCAUCGAUCAUCAGCUCUCGUCUCGGCCACUGCUGUAUGAAGAUCUCGACAUGCCAUCACCAUCCCACACCGUCCUGCGAUGCUAUAUUCUAAAGCCUACACGUGUGUGCUGAUUUAAUCACUCCCAUUACACAGACAGUUGUCCCCUUUGGCUGCAAUUCCAUCCGCAGCCUCGUCUAUGGGACACGUCACUCCUAGUGUCCCAUGAGCAUCGUGGUAUGAGCUGAAAACAUUUCCAUUCUGAGCGCUCCUUUGUCAAGAGAUUGGCCGAGAACAGCGGUGAGCAACCUGCGGCUCGGAAGCCGGGUGCGGCUCUUUGGCUGCCUCCUUGCGGGCAGCUGUUUAAAGAAAGAAAAAAUUCGAUUCUUUACACUCCAAAAAUGUAGUAACUCAGCGUUCCCCGCUUUUACGACCCAAUGUGUUGCUGGAAACCUUGUCGUAAAUCGGACCCUAUUUUCCCCAUAAGAUGCAAUGUGAGCGUGUUGGUGACAACAAAAUGUACAGUCAAACUGCAUUGUUAAAAAUACAACUAAGGGGAAAAUUACCUAAAUAGAAGCAGUUGAUUCCAUCGCAUGUUUGUGUUUAUUUAAGUCAGAAUGUGUUUGUCAUCUGCUGUAUGCCCUGCUCGCUUUGUGUACAAGAAGUUACCUCUCCGUGUGAUGCGGCUCUCGAAAUAAUUUUGGUCAGAGACGAAACAAAAAAUAUGGCCCUUCCUCUUUGAAAGGUUGCCAGUCCCUGACCUCGAAGAUGAUUUCACAGAUCUACUUCUGAAGUCACUUCAAUUGGCUUCUUUAUCCACACUUCAAGGCAAAUCUAAAGCAUGUCUUGAAAAAAAUGCAAAUAUUGCACUUCUCGGGGCAGGAAUAUGCAAAGCAAUUUUAAUUUAACGGGACUCUCACGUAGCAAUGCGACCGUUGGUGUUGGAGAACUGCCCGUGGAAGUAGAUAUCACUGAACCACCCCUGAAAUUAUUUCAAUGAGGCCUCUAUUCUACACAAGAGGGGGCAGGAUUUUCCCAACCGUUCUGCCAUCCAGAGUGUUAAUUUAACACUCGAGAGUCAGUCAACGCGCAAUUAACGCACAGCCUGGUUGAUUACGUUCUUCCAAAGAUUGCUGAAUUAGAAGUUGUGUGAAAUUUUGAGAAAGAGACGAGAUACAGACACGGAGACGCAAAGACAGACACACUUUACUAAAAGAACCAACGAGUUUAAUCUUAAUUGUAAACUACAGAAAUUGAAUUGAAUAAAGGUGCCCCAAACUUCGCCCAUGGUAAACUUUCCAUUUCCACACGUUUCACCUGUUUUCCCGAAGCGGCGGCAAACACUUGUUGUGCUUCAUUGAAUGGCAGUGGGAAAGGU